UAAAAUCAGUUUUUUAGUGACCCUAUCCCAAGAAUUCACCGCAACAAAGCACGAAAGUACAUUCCAUAACAGAUCGGCAAUGUGCUGCUGCUGUUGCGGCGACGGCGAUUGCCGGCCGCUCGGGUGGCUGCUCGGACUGCCGUUCGCCCUGGUCGCCGUCCUCAUCUCCAUCGCCGGGGCCGUCAUCUGGAUCAUCGGGCUGCCGAUCUCCUGCAUCUGCCCGUGCUGCCUGUGCGUGACGCUAGUGCUGGAGGCGGCGGUGGAGCUCAUCAAGGCGCCGUUUCAUGUGAUGGUCUGGUUCACCUCCAAGAUACCCUGCUAGCUUUUCCACUAGACUGUCUCGUCUCAUUCGUGUUACCGUACUACUACCGAUAAAUGAAUUUCUACCGUUUAUGGUAUCUACCGUGUAGAGAUCCACCGUAUAUCAUGCACGGAAAUUCGUGAAGUUUAUCUGAGAAAUGACCAUACUUUGUGAAACAAGUGCCGCAUGAAUCUUGUAGCUCCAGCCUGCGGUUGAUACAUGCACGAUACUGUGCACCAUAGAAAAUCCAGGUUUGCUUAGUUUACAUGAUAGUAGGGUGGCUUAUGUAUUUUCUAGUUCAAUUUGCUUCCAAUCUGUUUGGUGAUA